CGGAUCUUCCGCCCGCGCGUGCGCAGUACCCUGCAGACCGGGAAUUGAGUUUAAAUGAGCGACAGAGAGUUCUGGGGUCACUUCCCAAGGCUGAUCUUACCUGAGAAGGAAGCCCAGAGGAAGAGGAAAGCAAGGAGUCAGAAAUGACUCGUUCCGAGGGACAGCUGACGUUCCAGGAUGUGGCCAUAGACUUCACUCAAGAGGAGUGGGAAUGCCUGGACCUCGGUCAGCGGGAAUUGUACAGGGACGUGAUGUUACAGAACUACGGGAACCUGGCCUCCUUGGGGCUUGUGUCUAUGCUGGACCUGGUUGCCUUUCUGGAGCAAUUGAAGGAUCCCAGGAGUAUGAGGAGAAUGGAGACAACAGCCAUUUACCCAGCUAUGUCUCCACAAGACACCCAGGAUUUGAUGCUGAAGAAUCCAGUGUUAGAAGAUAUAUUCCCAAAAGCAAACCUAGGAAUAUAUCAAAUAUUUCACCUCAGAAACUUAAAUUUAAUGAAAGACUGGGAAUAUACAAGGGUAUAUGAAAGACAGAGAGGAUGUUUCUAUGGACAUAAAGAAAUGGAGACAGUUACACAUAAUGCUAACAUUACUGCGAAAAGAAAUGAGCAACAUGAGUCAAACUGGGAAAAACAGCAACUUCAGUCUUCAACAUCUGACGAGAAGUAUAAGUGUUUAAGAAAAGAUUUCCAUCCUUUUUUGAAACAUACAUAUUCUCUAAAGGGACACGUGGAAAAUCUGGAAGGUAAUCUAGUCUCUACUGCAAAUACUCAUUCAGACAAUUCUGAAUGUAGGCUUCGACUAAACGUACAUUCAAGAAUGUCUGAACACCUACAAUUAAACAAUGAGUGGGAAAAAUCACAAUCUAAUCAAUUUGAGAGAUCCGUGAGCAGAGGGUCAUUUUUCUUCCCCCGACAGAUAUUUUCUCUCCAUUCCAAGAUGUAUAAUGUUGAUGAUAAUGGAGGAAACAUAAUCCAGCCAUCAUUGUUCAAUACAUAUUGUGAUAUGGUUAAUACACAACAACUUUCUAUAUGUAAUAAAAUGAGUCAGACCUUAAGUAAGAGCUCCAGCUCCAAUAAUUACAAGAGUAUUAAUGGUGGACUGAGAAGGUAUUCAGGCAAUGAAAAUGGGUAUAGGGUUAAAGGAGACUCAAACCUUGUGAAACAUAAGGGACCCAAAUCAUCAAACAAGGAUUCUAAAAGUAAUAAAUGUAGAAAUACCUUUGAUCAAAUGUCAGAUUUUUCUCUAGAUAAGAGUAAUUGUACUGAAGAGACGACUUGUACUGAAUAUGGGAAGGUUUCUAAUCAGUCUUCAGAACUUACUCAACAGCAGACUGUUCAGAAUCCACAGAAAGAAAAGAAGUGUAAGAUAUGUGGGAAAGUGUUUAGUAACUCAUGCCAUCUAGGUAGACAUAAGAAAAUUCAUACAGGAAGGAAACCUUUCAAAUGUACAGAAUGUACCAAAGCAUUUAACCAUAGCUCACUUCUUACUAAACAUCAGAGAAUUCACACUGGAGAGAGGCCUUAUAAAUGUACAGAAUGUGGCAAACGCUUUAAUCACAACUCAAAUCUUAUUCAACAUUGGCGAAUUCAUACGGGAGAGAAGCCUUACAAAUGUACAGAAUGUAGCAAAGCCUUUAUCUGUUCCUCACAUCUAAUCUAUCAUCAGCAAAUUCAUACUGGAGAGAGGCCUUAUAAAUGUACAGAAUGUAGCAAAUCGUUUAUCUGUUACUCACAGCUAACCUAUCAUCAGCGAAUUCAUACUGGAGAGAAGCCUUAUAAAUGUAAAGAAUGUAACAAAGCCUUUAUCCGUUCCUCACAUCUUACUGGACAUCAGCGAAUUCAUUCUGGUGAGAGACCUUAUAAAUGUAAAGAAUGUAACAAAGCCUUUAUUCAUCGCUCAAAUCUUACUCGACAUCAGCGAAUUCAUACUGGAGAGAAGCCUUAUAAAUGUAAAGAAUGUAACAAAGCCUUUAUCCGUUGCUCACAUCUUACCGAACAUCAGCAAAUUCAUACUGGAGAGAGACCUUAUAAAUGUAAAGAAUGUGGCAAAGGCUUUAUUACAAGUUCAGCCCUUACUCAACAUCACCGAAUUCAUACUUGGGAUAGAUGUUAUAAAGGUACAGAAAUUGGCAAGGCCUUCAUUAAGGUUUCUAGAGUUACUAAGCAUCAGCGAACACGUACUGGGGAGAGACCAUAUAAAUGUACAGAAUGUGGCAAAACCUUUAAUCGGAAUUCAAUUCUUACUACACAUUUGCGAGUUCAUACUGGAGAGAAACCUUAUAAAUGUAAAGACUGUAACAAAGCCUUCCAUCGUCCCUCACUUCUUACUCGACAUCAACUAAUUCACUCUGGGGAGAGACCUUAUAAAUGUAAAGAAUGUAACAAAGCCUUUAUUCAGUGCUCACAUCUUACUCAACAUCAGCGAAUUCAUACUGGAGAGAGACCUUAUAAAUGUACAGAAUGUGGCAAAGCCUUUAGUCAUAGUAGUAAUCUCACUAAACAUCUGAGAACACACACUUAACCCUAGUAAUGGAACAAGUGAUCAAAGAGGUUUGCCCUAAACAUGCAUCAGAAAACACAAGAGAUUAUAAAAGAAACCAAUGGAAAUGAUGUAACAAAUAUAUAGAAAGGUAUUUAAUCAAAAGUUAAGUUGAAGUAAAUAUGCGUACUAGAAGGCAUUUCAUCAAUUUUGUUUUCAGAAGUUUCUCUGAAGGAGAAUGACUGUAGGGAGCACUCCAUAGUUAAAACAGAUAGAAAAUGGAUGUUUUAGCAUGAGUCAUGAGAUGAAGGUUGAUGGUUAGAACAUUACAAUUCUUAGCAAUGUAUAUAUGCUUGUUAAUAAUGAUGUGAUGUGAGGUUAUUUGAAGUGAAUGUAAUUCACCACUCAAAUCCACAUUAUGCUUUCUUUCUAGUGUGUUUGCAAAGAUAGGUUUUUGAUGGUUUAUUAAAGAUUAGCCUUUUUAUAUUGUGUUGCAACCAUUUCUAUCUAAUCUCCAUUAGAAGAUUGAGGAUACCAUAAUGUAAAAUGGACAAUGAACAUUUAAGUAGAGGUGUUUGUCGUUGACAUGAACUAUCUGGAGGUUGCCAUUAAAUAAGUGAUCAUUUAAUCUUUCCAUGUAUUAAAGUAAGACAGAUGUUGGUUGUAAUGUUUCAAUAGUGAUAUCCUUGAUUUGUAAAAACACAAUGACAGUUCACUGCAAUAUUGAUGUAUCUUUAUAAUAUCAACACGUCAUGAUUAUUACUUGACAGUGUUGAAAUAAAGACAGUGAUAACCUAGAAACAUAAGAAACCCUUCCUGGAAAAGGCAUGGAAUUGGUGUAUAUCAUGCUUGCUAAGUGCUUCCUAGGCUUUGUAUGGUAAGCCGUGAAAAUCAGAAAUCUCACAUCAUUAUAUCAAAAAAUGAAUAUCUUUCUCCGUACUUUUGAUCUGUAUUUAAUCAUGGAUCAUACCAUGGAUUGUAAAAGGUUUUAUUUCAACUAUGUGUGAAAUUUAAUACGUGGUUAUUCAUAAAAGUGAAUGGCUUUUAGUGUUUCGGUUGAUGGUAAUGAAUGAAAUGUUAACCCACCACCAACAGCAACCUCGCCCACCUUAUCUAAGGUUGUAGUGAAGAGACCUCAAUUAACUGUUCGGUACCACACAAAGAUGGCAUAUGGGGAAUUGUUUACUCACUGGAUUUAAACUUCUCAUAACUUCAUGUACAUUCCAUCAUUUCUAUGUUGUAUCUCCUCUCCCAUUUUGUAACUACUUAGGCACUGGGAUGGUUCUAAUAAGAAAGAUUAUACAGAGUACUGUUGACAGUUUCCCUAAACUGCUCCAUGCUGUUGCUGCCUCAGCAUCUGUCUGGGGGUCAGGCAGCCUGCAGGUCCUUGAGCUCACACCAGCCAGCUUGUGAGCACCAGCACUAGGUGACCCCCUUCCUUGAGACCAGCAGUCUUACUGGACCUCAGGGUCUAUUCACAGACCCCCGUUCAAUCACACUGAGAGAGUCAAGUUCUAGACAGGUUGAUAAGUCCAGGGGUCCCCAAGGAGAGAGGGAUCUGGAAUUCUCAAGGAGGAAGAAAGGAUAAACGUGUCUGUUUGUUUGUUUUCCUCUACAUUCCUUAGGAUUAUGUAACAAAUUAUCCUGCUUGAGGACAGUCUCUGGAAAAAAACUUUCGGGCUAAUCUUGUCUUAAAACGCAAAUUAUGGGAGUGGGUCUAGUGAGGUCUUUACAACCUCCAGACAUUCUUUUGAUUCAAUGGAAUAACUAAUUAAAAGUAUAUAACUCCUUUGCUAACACUAGCGAGGGGGCAC